GUUGCAGCGUGGAAGCCAUGUCUUGGCGCCAGGUACCACGAUCUACAAGUACCCCACACUAGCCUCAAAUUUUCAUUUUCCUCCCCUCUUCUCCCCGCACGCACCGCACCGCAUCGCUCUCUCAAUGGACACUCACCCAGACACAGACUCAAGAAACAACCUUACCGAACUCCCCAUAUCGCCCUCAGGAAUCCUCUGGCAAAAUGACUUCAUAACCCCCGACCACGAGCAACGCCUGAUAUCCAUCUUCCAAACUGAACUGACUUGGCCUGAGCGCAACGGCCGCCUCUCAUUACACUAUGGCUACACCUUCGACUAUAAAACCUUCGGUAUAGACCCCGACAUCCCCUACAAGGAGUUCCCCGAAUGGCUUCAACCGCUCAUACCCACUUCCGAGUCUCGCCCACCGGACCAAGUCUGUCUACAGUACUACCCGCCCGGUGCGGGGAUCCCGCCACACGUGGAUUCGCACCGGGCAUGGGAUCAGCUCUAUGCGCUUUCCCUGGGUGCACCGGUACUUAUGGCGCUAAAGAAGGGGAAGGGGAAAGCGAAGGAGGAACAACAACGGGCUGAAAUCGAUCUGCUGCCGAGGAGUAUGAUGAAGUUGGGUGGGGAGGGGGAGUGUGAGUGUGGGGAUACAGAGUUGUGUGAUACUGCACAGGCGAGACUGGGGACUGAGAAGGAGAAGAGGUCGGUGCUGGCGGCUGCAGCUGGAGCUGAAAGUGAUCUUAAAAGUGGCAGUGAGAGUCCCAGUGGAUUUCAGGCUCAAGAAGCAGCGGAAUAUGGCCGAUGACCCUCACUGAGGUAUUAUACACCCUUCCACUAAUAUCAACAACCACCAAACUAGCGAUGUCUAUCAGUGCAUAACUAGAUAGACAGUGGAUCAGUGCGCCCAGUUCCCGGGAAUAAUCUAGGAGCGGGUGACUUUGAUGAUGAAACGGCAGAUAUGUGGAUAUGGGGUAACAACUUCACCAGUCGACUAAAAAGAGGAGUGAAUACACAGCAGCGCACCAAAAGGCUAUGAAGAAAGGCUGGUCGACGUGGUAAAUAAAGAUAGACCACAGCGUAUACUCCAUAGAUUCACAUGUGUCGAUCCCUUAUUUGCAAGAUAGUAUCGUAGCUUAUAUAACUAGCACAUGCACUCUUGCUCAUUGCCCAUACCUCCUCUCCUGAGCUCUGAUAAAAUCUUUCAACCGCUCCUCCUUCUCCCAAACCCCCUCCUUCGUCAACGUCCCAUACGCCUCAUCCGUCUGCCGAAUAACCUUCUCCUUCCACUCCGUCCUCUCGCUCCCCAACACAUUAACAUCCCCCAGCCCACCCCAAACCUCCUGCAUAGUGCCUCCCAACUUCUCUAAAAACGCCUUUAUACCACCC